AUCGGCGAGAGACGAAGUCCAGCGACGGCGACCCCAAUGUCUCCGGCGGACGACGAGAGGACACCAGCAGACCAGCAAAUCCAGCACUGGCUAGCGACUCUGACUCCGGCGGGGCUGCUCUCUGUUCCGGCGAACGACCCCAGCAACUCCGGCAACCCCCCCCUCUGUGUUCCAACCAUUUCGGGCAGGAGUGGCAGUGUCGGCAGCCGUAUCGAUCUGACUAAGAAAAAGCAACCAUGGGUCUGGUCGAAGGCAUGUGAAAGGGCCUUUGAAGACUUGAAACAGGCUGUGGCGAGUGAACCAGUGUUGAAGUUGCCUGAUUUUAGUGUUCCCUUUGAAGUACACACCGAUGCAUCUGAUCGGGCUUUGGGAGGAGUUCUCGUGCAGGAUAGCCAUCCCAUUGCCUUUGAGAGUAGGAAGCUUAAGGAUGCGGAAACCCGUUAUGGUGAUCAUGAGAAGGAGAUGACGGCAGUUGUUCAUUGUUUGGAAGUGUGGCGGAAUUACUUGUUAUGCACCAAGUUCUUUGUGGUGACUAACAAUGUGGCCAAGACAUAUUUCAAAAUGCAGAAGAAGCUGUCCCCUAAGCAAGCUCAAUGGAUGGAGUUCCUUGAUGAGUUUGAUUAUGAUUGGGUGCAUCGUCCGGGCAGGCACAAUGUUGUUGCGGAUGCCUUGAGUGGGAAGGCUGUUGAAGAAUAUGUUGCUGCUAUGGUUAUGGUGCAAAGUAACAUGGUGGAUUUGAUUCGUGAUGUAGCCAAGAAUGACCCAAAAUACCAAAAGUUUGCAGAACAGGUAACCAGCAGGAUCGUGCGGAGAUACUGGCUGGAACAUGGCUUACUGUUUGGCAAAGGUGGCAGACUUUACGUCCCAGAAGGUGACUUACGGGUGCAGCUGUUGAGAGAGACUCAUGACCCGCAAUGGGCUGGUCAUCCAGGUGUGGCUCGGAUGAUUGCAUUGUUGUCCAGGGACUAUGUCUGGCCAAAGAUGGAAAACGACGUAGAGGCAUAUGUGCGGACUUGCCGUGUAUGUCAACAAGAUAAAGUAGAGAAACGGAAGGAGGGAGGUCUCUUGCAGCCACUGCUUAUUCCAGAGAGACUGUGGCAAUCAGUGUCCAUGGAUUUUAUUUUAGGUUUUCCUAAGGUGAAUGGCAUGUCAACAAUCUUGGUGGUUGUUGAUCGCUUCUCUAAGUAUGGAGUGUUCAUAGCGGCUCCUCAUUGUUGCCCUGCUGAGAAGACGACAGAUUUGUUUUACGGGAAUGUGGUCAAGUACUUUGGCCUUCCUGAAGACAUCGUAAGUGAUCGUGACACGCGAUUCACUGGUCGGUUUUGGACUUCCUUGUUCAAGCUGUUGGGCAGUUCUUUAAAGUUCUACACAGCAAAUCAUCCACAAACUGACGGGAAAACAGAGAGGAUGAAGGCAUUACUUGAGGAAUACCUGAGGCAUUAUGUGAUGGCGAGUCAAAGAAACUGGUCAGGUGCUGGCUGGGAUAGCACGAUUGGCUCCGAGGGAAGGAUGGCUAAGGUUGGUGCUGAUCCUAAGCCGAACCAUGGGGCGGGAGUAACUGGCAGGGUUGGCCAGACUUGCAGGAACGCAGUGGCUCACGGGUGGUUCGGGGGAAAACGAAGUUGGCUCAAGUUGGCUCAUGGCUGGCUCAGUGAUGGGGGCGCGGCGUGGGGUGUAGCUUGGACUAGAGUGGCUUUGGGUGGAAGCCACGGGUCGCUAAGGAUGCAUGGCUAGGGGCGCGUGGCAGUUACCAGGCGGGCAGUGCCAUUUGAAAUUCAAAAGGGUGGUUGGCUUUUGAAUUCUGAACCAGGGGCGGUUUGGCAUUGGUGUCCUUCGUGAAGGGUCGUGUUUGGCUAGAUGGUUUGCCUGUAACCAUCACGUUUUUGCCUAUAUAUAUGACCGCCCAUGGCAUGUGUUAGCCAAGUGAGACAAGGGCUAAAAACGGAGUCUUUGGGUGUUCCUUUGUAUUAUACGAGUCUAAUACAAGGUUGGUUGUUUA